CCGACCUGCCCGGCCGGCGCUCCCUCGGGCCGGGGCGGGCCGGGCCCCGCGGGCUGUCCCCGACGGCGGCCGCUUCUCCUCGUCCCCUGCGCGGUUCCACGCGGAUGGACGCGCUGCCGCUGCUCGUUUCCCCCCGGCCGCGCCGCACAGCCGCCUGAAGAAAACUUGGGACGGGGACGGCCCCGCCCGGGCUGCGGGGGACCCUUCCCCGCUCCAAGUUCGCGGGGGGACCCACCCGCCUGCCACAGGACUCCGGGCCGGGACCGCCGCCCAGCGCUCCCUUCCCUCGGCGAGAGCUCGGCGGGGACCCCCUGCCCCUGGCCUCGGUGCUGGGGAGGAGCGGGGGUGCCCUGGAUGGCCCUGCGCACUGGGACAGCUUGGUUUGGGCAGGUCUUGCGCAGAGUUUCCCGGCUUCAAGGCACCUGGUCCCGGCGCUCCAGCAGCCUCCUGUGCCUCUCCUCUUCCCAGGAGCCCGAGCAGGCGGGCGGGGAGCGGCCGCCGCCGCAGCACAAGCUGCCCCGGAGCAGCCGCCAGCCCCCCCGGCAGCUGCCCCCCUGCUGCGGCUGCUGCGGCCUGUCGGAUCCCCGGGCGGCCAGGGGGGGACAUGGUCCCCUCACUCGCCCCUUGCUGGCGGCCAUGAAGAGGCAGAACGUGCGGACCCUGUCCCUCAUCAUCUGCACGUUCACUUACCUGCUGGUCGGGGCUGCCGUCUUUGAUGCCCUGGAGUCCGACAACGAGAUGCGGGAGGAGGAGAAACUCAAAGCCGAGGAGAUCCGGCUCAAAGGAAAGUACAACAUCACCAGCGAGGACUACCGGCAGCUGGAGUUGGUGAUCAUGCAGUCCGAGCCACACAGGGCUGGUGUCCAGUGGAAAUUCGCCGGUUCCUUCUACUUUGCCAUCACAGUCAUCACGACCAUUGGUUACGGACAUGCUGCCCCGGGAACAGACGCAGGAAAGGCCUUUUGCAUGUUCUACGCGGUCCUGGGGAUCCCACUGACACUCGUCAUGUUCCAGAGCUUGGGCGAGCGCAUGAACACCUUCGUCAAGUACCUCUUGAAACGCAUCAAAAAGUGCUGUGGGAUGAGGAGCACCGAGGUCUCCAUGGAAAACAUGGUCACUGUGGGUUUCUUCUCCUGCAUGGGAACACUCUGCAUUGGAGCAGCAGCCUUUUCCCAGUACGAGGAAUGGAGCUUUUUCCAUGCUUACUAUUACUGCUUUAUAACAUUGACUACGAUAGGUUUUGGAGACUAUGUGGCCCUGCAGACCAAAGGGGCCCUUCAAAAGAAGCCUCUCUACGUGGCUUUUAGCUUUAUGUACAUUCUAGUGGGGUUGACAGUCAUUGGGGCAUUUCUAAAUCUGGUUGUUCUCAGGUUCUUAACCAUGAACAGUGAGGACGAGAGGCGGGAUGCUGAGGAACGGGCGUCCCUGGCAGGGAACCGCAACAGCAUGAUUAUCCACAUCCAAGAGGACUCCCAGCAUGGUCGGCCACGGUACAAGGCCGAAGUAACAGACCUUCAGUCAGUUUGUUCCUGCAUGUGUUACAGGUCCCAUGAGUACACCAGCCGGGUGGUGUCCCACCAAAAUUCGUUCAGCUCGAAGCUGAACCCCCAGUACUUUCACUCCAUCUCUUACAAGAUAGAGGAGAUCUCGCCAAGCACAUUAAAAAACAGCCUUUUCCCAUCUCCUGUCAGCUCCAUCUCACCUGGGUUGCACAGCUUUACAGAUAACCACAGGCUGAUGAGAAGGCGAAAGUCCAUUUAAAGUGAUUUGUCUUUUGCUUUCCUUGUUCUCUCCAGUCUUUCUCUGUUGUUUUGUUUUUUCCGUUCCUUGAGUGAGACGGAGUGAGGCCAAAGGGAGUAGAGAAAGCCAGUCCUCCUCUGAGACUCAGCUCUUGAGCAUGAAGCAUGGAUUAUUACUGUUCCAGCAAAGUAUGCCUUACAUUACCCCCUCGGUGGAUGUCAGAGGAUUCAAGGUGACGUGAAGUGGGUACCAAAUCCAAAGUUGCACACACAGCUGGGAGCCUUCAUGUGCCACUGGCACUCCUGACCUAAUAAACUAUUUUCCUCAUGGGCAGGUUGCAGCGUGCGUGUGUGCUUGUGUGUGUGUUGGGUGUGUGUGGGUGUGUGAGCGUGCAAUUCCACAACUAGUGCCAUGCGACAAAAAUUAAAGCAUCAGGUAUUAUUUUUUUUCCCUUGAGGCAGUUGUGUUCCAGCCUGCUUUUAUCUUUUCGAUUGCUUCCAAACAGAAUGGGGAGGUGGGGAGGGGAGCCAAUUUGUUUUUUUUAUUUGCCAAGACAAGCAUGCGCCAUAAGCAGUCAAUAUACCAGGUGUAUCAUGGUAAAUUUUUUAAUGCUAGAUUUUAGAUUGUAUUAUCAUUACAAAAAGGCAGGAAAUGAUGGAUCAUUUUAACUUGCCAGUUCAAAAUUUAAAAAGUAAAAUAGAGCAUGCACUUUGUAAAACUGGUAUGCAUAAUAAAAACACAAGAAAAAACUAGCAAUGGAAUUAAUAAUCAAAAGCAAGUAAUCCUAUUGAUUUAACUAUAUUUACUUUCACCGUUUGAAACUGUUCCAACAAUUUGCAGAUGGAAUUAUUUAAGGUAAAUUGGAAAACCUGUUGGAACUAAGGAGUGUGUUUUGUUGUUUUUAUUUUAUUUAUAAAAAUUAUUAUUAAUAAUAUUAUUUUUAUUUUAUUAUUAUUAUUUUAUUGUGCAGCAAUUACCUGCAUGAAUAGGAAUUCUAUUUUUUGGAAUGCUUGGAUUAGGAUGGGUAUAAAUAGGUGGAUGUAUAUUUUUUCUUAUAUAAUAGUGACAGAGCAUUCCUUGUUUUAAAUAAAAAAUAAAGAUGAUUGUCUCUAAAUGCUUUUGAUUUGUAAAUAAUGGAAAGCCUUUGUUGGUCUCAGGAAGAAUUCAAGGGACAGUAUCUUGUGUUUGGCUCACUGGGAACUUGUGAGAUUAGAUGUGAUAUUGCUUCUUUCCUAUGUGGAAAGGCAAAAUGCAUUUAGCACUCAUGGGCAAAAUCAGCUUUACUCCAGUAUUUAGAGGUUACCACUGGGAGUAAUUGCAUUGGCAAGCUGUAGUAGACGAUGUUGAGACCAUGUGAUAGAGUUGUUCCUUGGAGAUCGUCCAUUGCUUGGUUACUCAUCUGGACCAAACAGACUUUACAAAACCAAAUUAGAGGCCUAAUCCAGCUCCCUUUUAAGACAAUAGGAAUUUGCAGUGAUUACAUAAGAUUUAGUGCUUUGGGAGAUUUAUCUUUGAUUUGACGGGGGCAGGACUGGGAAUUUUAUAAACCUGCAACAUUGUCUUUGAUUUAAUCCUAUCUUUUAAAUCGCCUUCUGUGUUAAUUUGUCAUACAAAGCACAUCUUUUUUUGGCACUAUGCACCUCCUGCUGAUUCUACCAUUUUGUGCUUUCAGUGUAAAAGCAAUAAUCCUCUAUAUUUAACUUUUUUUUUUUUUGGUAGAUAGUGUGUUUUCACAAAAAAACCCAGCUCUAAGCUCUGUGUGCUAAUGGACAUUGAUAUCCUUUCAAAAGGGCAUCUAUAAAGAGCAUUAAAAGGGAGAAAUAAGGAACGCCCUUCUUUUUCUGUUCUCCUUGACCUUAAGUUAUUAACAAUAUCAAACACAUUUGUGUUCUCCUAAUUUUGAUAUUUGUGUUUCAACAAGUAAAUGAAAAGCAAGGAUCCAUACCUUUAAGUUCAACGUGUAACUUCCUUUGGGAUUUUAAAAUGCUGUGGCAUGAAAAUCUCCAUUUAGAUUACUUAGAAUUCGUAAUGAGGAUGGAUGAGAAUGAACUUUUCCAGCCUAGCAUAUGGGAAUAACUUUUGUCAGUGUAGUAGGAGAGCAUGCUGGAUGCAUUAAUGAUGUGCUGCUUGCACCAUGUCCUGAGGCAAGUGCUGAUGGCAAAAGUGUUGAAGCAAGAGUACCUCGAAAAGCAGCUUCAGGAUGUAUUAAAGCACUCCAGUCAAAACCACCUAGAAGCUAGUUUCUGAAGAGUGGCCCAUAGGGUUCACAGUGCUGUCAAAUUCUCUUUGAUAGCUUUGCUGACAGUAUCCCAGAACUGCAAAUAAUUGUAGGUUUCUUUUCCUGCUAAGGAGAAAAGAAAGAGUAUAUACAUGUCCACAUCAUGUAGAAGUGCUGAUGUAUACAUGACACUUGGGAAAAGCAGGAAAUCUUUGGGAUGUUACGGAUUUCAGGAGGGUGAAAUGCCGUCUGCCUAUUAAAGAAAAACGUUUGUAACAGGACUUGUAACCAAAACUUUGAACAGUUUGGUCAAAAAGCAGUUACGUUUUUGAAAGCAUCGCUUCGCCUUUCAUUUCUUCCUUUUAGAAAAAGAAAAUUCUGUUUCUGCUGCGUACAAAAAUAAUUUUAAAUGUCCUGUAAAUCGUGUUGAACUCCAGAAUUUCAAAGCUAUAUUCCAGCUGAGUUAUUACUCAUUCUCUUCUCUGAAACCAUAAACGAAGUUAAAUGAAGGGUAUAUUUUAGUACAGGUGGUAUUUAACCAGGGGAGCAGCUUAUCUAGUGGGUCAUGGGCUGUCUGCCAAUUGGAGUCUUUCUGUUAAAACACAGUGGCUUUCUAAAUGCUCUUGUGUAGCGUAGUCACAGUUUCUGGAUGUGGAUAACGAAAUGUAUGUGUGCUGAUAUGAAGGGGCCAUAUCCACAGUGAUGCUUUUCAGACAGUGAGUUGGUGGGAGGGCAUUUGGGAAAAGUGUCUGCAUUCCUUAGGAUUUAAAACUAUUUUCAUAUGGUUCUACUUUCUGUCUGAAGAACUCACGAUUCUGUCCAUUCUGUAUUUCUGGUGCGCAUGAGAUUUUGAAGUGGCAGGACAUUUUCUUUGCAAGCCUCCUUGCAUUCAGAUACUCACAUGAACUCCUACAGAACUUCUCUUUGUGAGCAGCCACAGAUACAAGAAUGUUUGUGUGAAGCCUCGGUAAACCAGGCAAAAUAUGCUGAAAAUGCUUCUCUCUCUCUUUUUUUUGGUGGUACUUGACUGAUGUGUGAAUAAUGACUUGGGCUGUCUGGAGCUAGAACAGGCAGCAUUAUAAAAAAGUUGCUUUUGUCAGGGGUUAAUACCAGCUUUCCAGCAGAACAUGCAAAAUCAGUCAGUGAAAGGUGAUUUUUGCCUGUUCCAUUUCUGACUACUUACUGACCUAUGUGAAUAUCAGCUUUCUUCCACAGUGCUGCUUUUCACAGCAUAUUUUCUCUGGUACGCUGUUGGUUUUAUUCCAUUUAAGGUAUUAUUUCUUUCAGGAGAGCCUUUCUUGCUGUCUAGUCACUCUUCAGAAGCAGGUCUAGUCAUGAGAAGACAUUCUAAUAUCCAAAGUACCUAACCUAUGUUUCCAUAGCACGCAGACUUUUGAUAUCACUUUGUGAUGCACUGUCAUUCCCCAGAGUCUCAUUUCCCCUAUUAUUAAGCAUUAGAAAUAAUAAUAAUAAAUCAGAUUAAUCUAUUUAUGUCACACUAAUGUGCUGUUCAUCAAAACAACACAAAUUUAGCUCCCUGCUGUCAACUUUGAUUACAUAACAACCCUAUUAUCCUAUCAUAUUUCAUAUUAUUAUCAAAGGAAAAAAAAUUAGUUUGAUCAGUACAGCACCAAAAUAGCUUUGUCUGAGCAUGCUGCGAUGUGGAAACAAAAGGGGAAACAAUAGAACUGUACAGACACAACUCUGCUUGGUCUGCAUCACUACACAAGGAAGGUCCCAACUGACCUAACUAGGGCUUCUUUGCCAGAACUUUGUAUAUAUAGAUAUGCUUUACAAGGAUAAUUGUAAUGGGACUUAUCUAGAUGGGGUGUCUGGAUGUUAGUUAAAGGAUGCAGAAUAGGUCUUGGUUGUUAUUGUAUGGAGAAGAGGUACAGUGGUAUUCAGCAGUAGACUUCUUUUUGGAUUCUUCUGUAGUAGCUCAUUAGAACAGAAUCAUCAGCGUAAAGGAAAAAAAAAAGUGACUAAAUUAAUCUACUGUAAUAUAGUUUGUCUCAUCAGUUUCUUAGUGCUUCGAUCGAAGAAUCAUGAUUUCUGUGCAUUCAUCUUGAGCAAGAUAAUUUCUUGUUUUCUGUGAUAGGUUUGAAGCUUUUGUUAUGGAAAAAAAAAAAA